CAUUAAUGUAUGAAGCUGCAGUUGCAUGUUUCCAACAGCAGGGGACUCCCACUCUCCAACCACAGGUUGUCAAGGCAACCAGAGUGUCAUGGCAACGUUGCUGACGCUUGAGAAAGGACUUAAUACCCAAACUGGGAAGUAAAGCGCACAAACGCUAAUUUAACUUGUUGACCAGCUACGGAAGCGUACACUUAUACGUUUAACCAGUGCGAUAGUUUUUAAAAGCUGUGCUCAUAGCCUUUCGAACAAUAUAAACUUUCUUUACUCCUUUUUGUAAAGCACUUACGCCGAAACACAGCUGGAAAUCUUCAAAGCAGCGGAUCUUCGAUGCAUCUAACAAGGCCAAAAUCCUCUAAGGGGCGAAGCAGACCUGCUGUAGACAGCUCACUGUAUCCAGGAGAGGCGAACAGCAUCCACAGGGAGCCGGGGUCUCCUGAGUUCCGCAGGCCGGACAGAAACCUCCGCUCCCGGUCUCAGCCCGUCAUGUUGCAAGCUAACCACCUGAGCCAAGAGGAAGUUUUGCACAUGCUGCAGCGUACUCCUGCUGCUCCGCCACAGUCCUUAAACAAGUACAAAGUCCUUCCGUCAAUAGAGAAGAGAAGGCAGUCAGAGGUGAGCCUGCACAAAGACGUGUCCAACCUUAACCUAGCAAAGGAUGGUGAUGAUGUGACCAAGGUCUGCAGCCCCAGUGAUUCAACGGCAGAAGCUGGCAGUGGCAGUUUGCUUCUUGCUGUAAGAGCUCCAUGCGGAAGGAGGUUUCAGCAGCCCUUUGACCCCACACACACUCUGCUAACAGUGAAAGCCAGUGCAGAGGCCAGGUUUGGAACCAGGUAUGAAGAUGCUUGCAUCGAGACCAUGGAGGUGCCACGCAGGACCUUUAGAGACCUGCGUAUGACUCUGGCACAGUGUGCCAUUCCUAACAGAUCCGUGCUGUGCAUCUCUCAGAAAACUGACACUAUGGGGGGACAGGAGUAAUAUGUGUUCUUUGAGGUCUGUAAUUGUGCAUUUUGUAGCUUCACUUGGAUAUCUGAACUUCACUGUGCAAAGUUUAAAAGGCUUCUUUCACACCAA